AUGAAUAAAAAAUUUGUAAAUAAAAUGAUAAAUUUAGCUUAUAAUUCUAAAAUGGACUGAUUAUUUGGAAAAAUUUUACUUAUUUGCCAUUUUGCCUUUUACUAUAAAAAAAAUUAUUUUGUAGUAAAAUUAGAGGAAACCAAAAUGGAACACGCUAAAAUCCUUGUAGUAGGAGCUGGAGGGAUUGGCUGUGAACUUUUAAAGACACUUGUCAUGGUCGGAAUAGACAAUAUUACAGUGAUUGACAUCGACACAAUCGAUAAAUCAAACUUAAACAGACAAUUCUUAUUCAGACCUGAACAUGUAGGUCGCCCUAAAGCCGAAGUUGCAGUUUCCACGCUCAAAGAACUUCGACCAAGCUUAAAUGUGACAGGAAUCCAAGCUAACAUUACCAAUUAUGGCAAUGAUUUUUUCCAAAAUUUCGCAAUAGUCCUCAAUGCUUUAGAUAACUUAGAAGCCCGUCGCUAUGUAAAUCGCCUAUGCGUUUCUACCAAAAUUCCUAUGAUUGAUGCAGGAACCCAAGGAAAACUAGGCCAAGUGACUGUGCAUGUUCCUCAUAUUACAGCGUGUUACGAAUGUGAGCCCAAACCUACCCCAAAAACCUACCCAGUCUGCACCAUAAGGUCAACCCCUUCUAAGCCAAUCCACUGUAUAGUCUGGGCUAAAUAUCUAUAUGAAGCUUUAUUUGGGCUCAGAGACCCUGACAACAUCCUUUCUGAUUUACAAAAAAAAGCGGAAGGGUUCAGCGACCUCGGAAAAGAGCUUUUUAAUUUACUUUUUAAAGAAGAACUGCCUGAAGAAGCUAAAAAAAUUGAAAUUUCUAUAGAAAAUAUUGUAGGAAGCCAGAUUAAUGAAGACAAAAUAGGGAGUUUACAAGAAUAUGCUGCAGGCUUUAUAUAUGCUGUAGAAAACUUAAAAUCAAGAGAGCCUAAGCCAUUUGAUAAAGAUGACCAGCUUGCUAUACAGUUUGUAGGGGCUGCCAGCAAUUUGAGGGCUGCGAAUUUUAAAAUUGAGCAGCUUAAUUUGUUUAAAACAAAAGAAAUUGCAGGGAAUAUUAUCCCAGCUGUGGCUACCACAAAUGCUAUGGCUGCUGGACUGCAAGUAAUUGAGGCGUUGAAGAUAUUGAGAAAUAAAAAUGAGCCAAAAAAUGUCUGGAUUUCUGAGCAUGCGAGUGACUCAAAAAUUAUAGUUUCAGGAAAUAUGCCACCGCCGAUGCCAAAAUGCUAUACGUGCUCUGUUGGGUCUGUAAAGGUGAAACUUAUAUGAUUUUCCUAUGUUUUGACCGAUAUGAAGAGGGAACUCUCCAGUUGGCCUAAUCCACUAGGAAGUUCCUUGCCUUUAUUGAGCAAAACAUAGUAAAACCCUAUAAUUUUAAUACGUUCACUCUUGGAGAUUUGGUGUCAAAAAUACUUAUAAUCAUUUUUAUAAUAUUUUUGAGGAAAGAUAUAAGGAUUUUCUAAAAUUUAUAUAAUUUAAUAUAAUAGUUAAUAGCAAAUAAUGAUAACUUAACGCAAAUUAGAUAAAAAUGAAUUAAGCAUGCAAAACCCUACCUUAAAUCUGGAAAACGGAAGUAUUUUAUAUGAAAGUGGUGAAGGUUUAGAUGAAGAAGACGAAGAAAGAUACGCGAAAAACUACAAAAUGACGCUAAAUGAACUAAAAUUGGCUGAUGGGGUUAGAGUUUCUUGUGACAAUUUCAGCACUGAUUUUACUAUAAAAUUGAUAAUAAGUCAUGAUGAAAAUCAAGAAUUGUAUGAAAUUGUAGGAGAAAUCGUAGAGAAUGAAGAGAAUCAUAAGGAAAACGGAGAAAAUCAGAAUGAGCUGAAGAGAAAAAGUGACAACUCUGAUGAAAGGGAAUGCAAAAAGCUGAAAAUAGUAGAAGAUAUAGAAAAUUAG